UAGGAGAUCGUAGGGCUUGCACCAAGGCAAAAAGCACAGCAAGUAGUGUUUCUGCUCUCUUGCAGUUAUGGCUCUCCUUCACGUCCAACUCCCCAACUGCACCUUCAACUCUUCUCCUAAAGUUCCUACUCUAAGCAAGGGAUGGGCUAGUCUGAGGGGAAAGGCCAAGGUUCCUGGGAAUACCAGGAGACGCGUUCUUCCCGUUGUGCGCUCUGCUAAUGGGAAUGUUGCUGUGGUGGAAGCUCCGGAAGAGGUUCCAGCUCAGGUGACUUUGGGGAGGAGUAGCUUCCCUCCUGGUUUUGCCUUUGGUGUUGCCUCUUCUGCUUACCAGGUGGAAGGAGCAUGGAACGAAGGAGGGAGAGAGCCAAGCAUUUGGGACACUUUCACCCAUAACCAACCAGAUAAAAUCACAGACCACAGCACAGGAGACAUAGCAACUGACUCAUAUCACAGAUACAAAGAAGAUGUUAAAAUAAUGAAGGACAUGGGCGUGGAUUCUUAUCGCUUCUCUAUCUCUUGGUCGAGGAUUUUACGAAAUGGUACACUAGAAGGUGGGAUAAACCCAGAGGGAAUCAAGUACUACAAUGAUCUCAUCAAUGAAUUAAUAGAUAAUGGCAUAGAGCCCUUUGUCACCCUAUUCCACUGGGAUGUACCACAAGCAUUAGAGGAUGCAUAUGGAGGCUUUUUGUGCCGUAAUAUCGUGCAUGACUUCAAGGAUUUUGCAAACAUAUGUUUUGAAGAAUUUGGAGAUAGAGUUAAACAUUGGAUCACGUUAAAUGAGCCAUGGAGUUUUUCUAGUAUGGGAUACUCCCUUGGUUCUCAUGCGCCUGGGAGAUGCUCUGAGUUUCUAGGAUGUCCAGUAGGUGACUCCAUGACAGAGCCAUAUAUUGUUGCACAUAAUCUUCUCCUAGCCCAUGCAGCAGCUGCUAGGCUCUACAAAGAAAAGUUUCAAGCGACACAAAAGGGUGAAAUAGGAAUUUCUCUUGUGAGUAUGUGGUACAAGCCAUAUUCAAAUUUCUAUCAGGACAGAGAAGCAGCAAAUAGAUCCAUUGAGUUCAUGCUUGGAUGGUUCAUGGAUCCAUUGGUGUUUGGAGACUAUCCAUUCAAUAUGAGGGCAUUGGUUCAAGAGAGGCUCCCAUAUUUUACAGCUGAGGAGUCCGAGAUGAUCAAAGGAUCAUACGAUUUCAUUGGGAUUAAUUAUUAUACGUCUAGGUAUGCUCAAGGUGUUCCAAUCUCACAAGAGAGCUCACCUUCCUUAAGCAUACAAGACUCAUAUGCUAACCAAUUAGAUGAAAAAGAUGGUGUUCCUAUUGGACAGUUGGAUGGAACUUGGGUAUAUGUUUAUCCAUAUGGAGUUAAAGAUCUCCUAUUAUAUACAAAGAAUCGCUAUAACAACCCUACCAUCUACAUCACCGAAAAUGGAACUUGUGAGCUGAAUGAUCCAGAAAAAACAUGGAAGCAAGCUUCCUAUGACCCAUGGAGAAUAAAUUACCUAUCUCUUCAUCUUGCUCAAGUUCGUGAAGCCAUACAAGAGGGAGUUGAUGUGAAAGGAUACUUUGCAUGGGCUCUUACGGACAAUUUUGAAUGGAACGAAGGCUACACCCAACGAUUUGGGCUAGUCUACAUAGAUUAUGCUCAUCACCUAAAGCGGCACCCAAAAAUAUCUUCCAAGUGGUUUGCUAGGUUUCUUGAAUCCUAAGCAUGCGUGGUUAGAGCAUUGUCCCUCUUAAGAACUAUCUCAAUUAUGACCAUGCUAUUUCAGGUUUCUUCCUCAUCUCAAAAUAGUAGGGAUAUGUUGAAAUAAGAAGAGAUGAGUAAUAAAUGUUUGUCGAAGAUUGUUGAUCAGUUGUUCGCAACGAAUCUUAUCUCUUAAGCAAUCUCUUGCUAAUUGUUAUUUUAUUUUAAAAAA